AAGUCCAAAGGCGAUGGAAUCAACUUUUGUCCCAUUGAAGAAUAGUGGUUGAUGAAGCCUAUAUAAGACGCUCUCAUGUAGUAGAAAGAAACCACAUCAAGAACAUCUCUUUAUCCAUCAGAAUAUCUUCUUUUGUUGAAGUCGUCUUCUUCAAUAUGGACGUCAGUAUCAUUUCAAGAGAGCUCAUCAAACCCUCUUCGACAUCCAUCCAUCACCUUUUACCGUACAAGCUGUCCCUUUUGGAUCAGCUUUUACCCACAACUUAUUUUCCAAUGGUUUUAUUCUACCCAGCAAAUAACAAUCAAGAUUUCAAAGGCUUACAAAUCUCAGUUCAACUCAAGAGAUCACUGUCCCAAACACUAUCCACCUUUUACCCUUUAUCUGGGAGGGUGAGAAACAACUCUAUUAUAGACAACUACGAGAAGGGUGCUCCAUUUGUUGAAACCCGAGUGAAGGGGAGUUUGUUCGAUUUUCUUAUACAACCUCAGCUAAAUUUGCUGAAUAAAUUUCUUCCAUGCCAACCAUUCGGCUAUCAAUCAGAUCCAGAAGCAACACCGCAGGUAGCCAUACAAUUUAACACAUUUGAUUGUGGUGGGACGGCACUCGGUCUCUGCUUUUCACACAAGAUCAUCGAUGCAGCUACGGCGAUUGCGUUCCUCGACAGCUGGGCAGCCAACAUAAGAGGUCAUUACCAUGAGCAAAUAAAUCCUGCUCUUUUUGAGGCGUCAUCCCGAUUUCCUCCGCAAAAUGAAUUAUUAGUUCAAUUUCCUUUGUGGGUGAUGGAAAACUACUUGUUCAAAGAAGGAAAUGUCACCAAGAGAUUCGUUUUUGAUGCCGAUGCCGUUGCCACUCUAAGGGCUAAGGCUAAAAGCAAACGCGUGCCGAAUCCAUCUCGCACUGAAACACUGACUGCCUUUAUUUGGAAAUCCUGCACAGAAGCUUGUAGGUCGUUGUGCGCUCUGCCAAGGCCGUCUGUCUCUCUACAUGCAGUGAAUAUAAGACAAAGAACAAAACCUAGCUUUUCAAGAUACUCAAUUGGAAACCUAUGGUGGCAUUCAAUUACAGCCUGUGAGUUGGCUGAUACAAAGAUAGAGUUGAAUGAUUUGGUGAGCUUAACUAGAGAAUCUUUCACUAAUAUAAACUACGAUUACCUCAAGGAUUUCCAGGGUGAGAACGGGUUUCAAGGCAUAUAUGAGUCAUUGCUGAAACAACUGGUGGAGAUAGGCUCGAUAAACCCAGAAAUAUUUUUAUUUUCUAGUUGGCUGAAGUUUGAUUUAAAUGAUGUCGAUUUUGGAUGGGGAAAACCUUGUUAG